AUGGCUGCUUCCAUGGACAAUUUGUUGGGUAGUGAAGAAAUCGCAAAAUUUGACAAAGCAAGGAAAUUAUCGGAGGAGAUUGACCCAGAGACUCAGCCUUACAAAUCAAAAUAUGAAGCCAGGGAAAUUCUACUCGACUUGAAGUCAACAGUACAGGCUUUAUUGAAUGAAAAUGAAGAAAUUGAUGAUGUCAAGUUCAUGUUGGCUACUUUAGAAUAUCAACUUGGUUUGAACUUCAUUGAAUGCGAAGAGCUGUCAUCAGGGGAGGAGCAUCUCAACAAAUGUCUACUGCUAUUAAAGGACAAUAAAGCCAAUACGAAAUGUAUCAGUACUGUACUCGCUAGUUUGAAUCAGUUGGGUAUACUCUGGUCAGCAAGAAGCGAAUUCGAAAAAAGUUUCAAAUUUUUCCAGAGUGCCGAAUCGCUUUACAAGGAUUAUUGUCAUAAUAGUGAUACUGCUCCUUACAGUUUGAAUGAAUUAUUCCUAUCAGAUGAUGACAGAUUAUCAGAACAUCAGAGACAUUUACAUAUGGAGAAGUUACAUACACUAACGCUUUACUACUUGGCUCAGAUCUAUGGAAAGUUAGAUGAUAAAGACAAGUCAGCAAUGUAUUGUCAUACAACACUUCAAAGACAACUGGAAACCAAACAAUAUGAUGCCAUUGAUUGGGCUGUUAACUGUGCUACCUUGUCACAGUAUUAUUUGACUGCCGAUAACUUUACACAAGCAAGACAUUGUCUGGCGAGUGCCAGUCACAUUUUCAGUGAAGCGUUAGAAACAUACGUACAAAAAGACCCGAGUGAAAUAUCCGAAAAUGAGGAGGAUGACCCCGUACAAUACCGCAAAGCUGAUAUUGCACGAUGUUGGACAAAGUACUGCAUAUUGUUACUACAAACUUCAAAGGAUAAGUUACAGAGUGAAGAGAUUUCCGAUGAGGCCACUGAAAGGCGAGAACAACUCUUACAAGAGUGCGAGAGCGAUAGACAGAGUGCUUCUGCCACAUCCAAUGAUAACAGAGAUGAUGGAGCGGGAGAGGAAACAAAGACAAAUGAGGCGGAAGGUGCAGCGUGUGAGGAGAAGGAAGAUGUGGAGGAAAAAGAGGACAACCAUAAAGAUGCCGAGAGCGAGAAAGAUAUGGCCAAGCUGUCGUUGAGGUUUCAGUCUCUGGAAUUGACAUCGCUUGAAAGCGCAGUCUCAGAUAAAUUGGUGACAUCUUUUGAAGAGGCGAGAAGUGUCUUCCUAGUUGGUCAGAAAUAUAUCCUAGAAGCAAAGGAAUACUACGUCAUAGAUGGUCAUGUGACGGAUAAUAUUAGUAUUGUGCAGGAUCACAGCCAUUUAUUCAAACUUCUUGCAUUUUUUGAACCUGACCUUGAGAGGCAAUGUAAAAUGCACAAACGCAGGCUGGAUAUGUUGCAAGACGUUCUACAAGAUUUAAAUUCACAACAUUAUUUAGCGUACUGCAGGCAGUUGCAGUACGAGAUGGCAGAAACUUACAGUGGAAUGGUUGAUUUGAAAAUAUCAUUAACAGAAGUGUCUAAUCAGAGGAUUACACCACAUGCCAUCAGCAAAAUAAACUCAUUAAUUUCACAAAGUAUCAAGAUGUAUGAAACAUUCAUAGAAUCACUGAAAUCCCCUGAUGGAGUAAUGCCAGAGAAGUUGGAAGAUGACCUUGUAAAGCCGACAUUGGUUGCAUACUUUUGUAUGGGAAGACUACUUUCCAAAUACAUAACUAUUGAUCUGGACACAAAAUUAGAAUUUUUAGACAAAAGUAUUGAGAAAUACAGAUUUGUAGUGAAUUAUCUGAACAAAAAUACACAGUUCAUCGGAAUACUCAGAACUGAAUAUGAAAUAUGUCAAGAAAUGAUCAGUCUAGUUCCUUUGAAAAUGGAAUUGAUGAAAAAGCAGUCUACAAUCCACCCCACAUAGACAAUAUGUCACUUUACAAGUUAUCCCUUGAUACUGUACUUAGAAUAGAAACUCCAACAUGAAAAAAUGGAGAGCCUCAAUAAAUAAAUUUCUGCUCUGGUGGAUUUAACUAUUCAAAUUAAAAUGGCCACCAAAACG